AUGGCAUACACACCAAGAGGAAGUGCUCGUGGCGGCGACCGUGGAGGACGUGGAGGAUUCGGCGGGGGAAGAGGUGGUGAUCGUGGUGGUCGCGGAGGCUUUGGAGGAAGAGGUGGUGGUAGAGGUGGUGGAGACCGUGGAGGACGUGGAGGUGGUCGUGGUGGUGGAAGAGGAGCUCCCCGUGGAGGACGUGGUGCUCCAAGAGGCCGUGGAGGUGCUGGUGCCAGAGGUGGUGCCAAGACCAUUGUCGAGCCCCAUCGUCAUGAAGGAAUCUUCGUCGCUCGUGGCAAGGAAGAUAUGUUGGUCACCAAGAACCUUAGCCCAGGUGAAUCUGUAUACGGUGAGAAGCGAAUCAGUGUCGAGGGCGCCGGCCCAGCCAACGAAGAUGGUACUCCAAGCACCACCAAGACCGAAUACCGUGUCUGGAAUCCUUUCAGAAGUAAGAUUGCAGCAGGUGUUCUCGGUGGUAUGGAUGAGAUUUUCAUCAAGCCAGGUGCUAAGGUCCUUUACCUUGGUUCCGCCUCUGGAACUUCAGUUUCCCACGUUGCCGAUAUCGUUGGACCCACAGGAACUGUUUUCGCAGUCGAAUUCUCUCACAGAUCUGGCCGUGAUCUUAUCAACAUGGCUACCCACCGCACAAACGUCAUCCCAAUCAUCGAGGACGCUCGUCACCCACUUAAGUACAGAAUGCUGGUCUCUAUGGUCGACGUUAUCUUCGCCGAUGUCGCACAACCUGAUCAAGCCCGUAUUGUUGGAUUGAACGCACAUUUGUUCUUGAAGGUUGGUGGUGGUAUUUUGGUUUCCAUCAAGGCAUCUUGUAUCGACUCCACAGCCGCACCAGAAGCUGUUUUCGCUAGAGAAGUACAAAAAUUGAGAGAGGAGAGAAUUAAGCCUUUGGAGCAAUUGACUCUAGAACCUUUCGAGAGAGACCAUUGCAUGGUUUCCGGACGUUACGUCCGAUCCUUGUAA